UGAUUCAGGAGGAGGAGGGAUCGCGUGUUGUUCAGCAGGGAUACCAACGUGAAAAAGAACAGGGAGGGCAAUACAAAACCCCAAUAAUUCCCCGUCGCCGACUCCACUGAUUUCCCUCGAAUUUCCUUCUCUCAAUAAAUCUGUCGCAAACCAGAAUUUCAAUUCCACUCUCUCGAAUUCACCUGUUUUGCGUUCCAAUUUCGGAAUUCCUUUUUCACCUCUCCCUUAACAUGCGAGGCCAUGAUUGGAUUAACACCUGUCUCCCUGAUGAGCUGAUUGUUGAGAUCUUCAGGCACCUCGAUUCCAAGUCCACCCGUGAUGCGUGCUCUCUAGUCUGCCAUCGGUGGCUGGACCUCGAGCGUCUCAGCCGCACCACCCUCCGCAUCGGCGCCACCGGCAAUCCUGACCUCUCUGUCAAGCUCCUUGCCCGCCGCUUUCACAAUGUUAAAGCCAUUCACAUUGAUGAGAGACUCUCCAUUUCAAUUCCGGUCCAAUUCGGAAGAAGAAGGGGCAGUGAUCAUUCUGUACCAACUCUUAAGCUACACUCCGAGAAAGGUGUAUCUGAAGAUGGCCACUUUGAAUCAAACAGUUUGUCUGAUGCUGGGCUAAGUGCUCUUGGCGAUGGCUUUCCAAGGCUUGAAAAGUUGAGCUUAAUCUGGUGCUCCACUGUUUCAAGUUUAGGUUUAAUGUCUCUUGCCUACAAAUGCAGUUUCUUAAUGUCUCUGGAUUUACAGGGUUGCUAUGUUGGAGAUCGGGGUUUGGCUGCUGUUGGGAAGUGUUGUAAGCAGCUUGAAGAUUUGAACUUGCGUUUUUGCGAAGGUGUGACUGACACAGGCUUGGUUGAAUUAGCUCAAGGCUGCGGGAAAUCACUAAAGUCUCUUGGUGUUGCGGCUUGUGCAAAAAUAACUCACAUAUCAUUGGAAGCAGUGAGCUCCUAUUGCAAAUCACUUGAAACUUUGUCACUGGAUUCAGAAUGCAUGCAUAAUGGUGGUAUUCUUUCUGUGGCCCAAGGAUGCCCUUCUUUAAAAGUCUUGAGACUACAAUGUAUUAAUGUUACUGAUGACGCUUUGAUAGCUGUGGGAACUCAUUGUUUGUCAUUGGAGUUGUUGGCUUUAAACAGUUUCCAGCGAUUUACUGACAAGGGUUUGCGUGCCAUUGGGAAUGGGUGCAAGAAGUUGAAAAAUCUUUCUCUAAGUGAUUGCUAUUUCCUGAGUGACAAGGGCUUAGAAGCAAUUGCCACUGGUUGUAGAGAACUGACACAUCUUGAAGUUAAUGGUUGCCACAAUAUUGGAACGAUUGGUCUGGAAGCCAUUGGAAGAUCUUGCCUACGCCUCACUGAGUUGGCUUUGCUAUACUGCCAAAGGAUUGGCAAUCAUGCUCUUCUCGAAAUUGGAAAGGGCUGUAAGUUUUUGCAGGCUCUUCAUCUUGUGGACUGCUCUAGUAUUGGUGAUGAUGCCAUUUGCAGUAUUGCUAGAGGCUGUAGGAAUUUGAAGAAACUUCAUAUUCGCCGAUGUUACGAGAUUGGAAACAAAGGAAUAAUAGCCAUUGGUGAGAAUUGCAAGUCUCUCACGGAUCUUAGCCUUAGGUUUUGUGAUAGGGUGGGGGAUGAGGCCCUUAUUGCCAUCGGUCAAGGUUGCUCCUUACAACAUUUGAAUGUUAGUGGUUGCCACCUAAUUGGUGAUGCAGGAAUAAUAGCUAUUGCAAGAGGGUGCCCUGUACUCAGCUAUCUAGAUGUAAGCGUACUUCAGAAUUUGGGGGACAUGGCAAUGGCCGAAUUAGGAGAAGGCUGUCCAUUGCUGAAGGAGAUUGUGCUGUCUCACUGCCGACAAAUAACUGAUGUCGGUCUAGCACACCUUGUUAAAAAUUGCACAAUGCUCGAGUCCUGCCAUGUGGUUUAUUGUCCAGGUAUAACUGCAGCUGGAGUUGCCACUGUGGUGUCUAGUUGUGCAAACAUAAAGAAGGUCCUGGUUGAGAAAUGGAAGGUUAGCGAGAGGACCAAACGAAGAGCAGGUUCUGUUAUUUCCUACCUAUGUGUGGACCUUUAGAUUCUACAUCUAUUUAAGGGCACUGGUCGCUGUUGGAUUUCAGUAAAAUUUGGGGUUAGGCCUUAGGAUUUUAAAUGUUUAAGCAAGCACUUGUUCAUGAACCUGGUUAUAUGAAUUUAUUUUAUUCGGGUUCUAUUUAUUUAUUUAUUUGGUACAAAUGGCUGACUCUGACGUGAACUUGAGACCUUACAGCUUGGAUGUUAGUUUUAUUUAAAUUUCUUUAGUGUACAAAGUUUUUUUUUUUUUUUUUGGAAUAGUUAAAAGGUUGUAAUAAAGCGUCGAUUUUUUAGGA